AGUUUUUCUCAACUAAUCAUGUAGCAAGUAUCAUAUUAAUUAAAUUGUGAGUGUUUUCAUAACUCUUUGGGACGUUAUGGCAAAUUAGUGGAAUAUUGGUGUUUGUGUUUGCACGUUUAUGUGAGAAAUAAUAAUGGAGAAUAAUAAAAGCAUUGGCAAUUUCCCAAUUAUAAAUGAUGGCUUACCAAAUUCUGCGGUAAUGCCAACAUUACUCUUUCGUUCAGAAGAAGUUUUUAAUGCCAAUCAUCAUGAUACUAGUGCUAAUGUAAGCUCGUUUGAUGAGUUUAAAUCCGUUGAUCACACUAAAGAUGUUACACUCGUUCGGAGCUUCAGUGAAACUGUUUGCUUAAAACAAUUGGAAGAUAAAUGUGUAAUAAGCAGCGAUACCUGUAGCGAUGGUAGUUCUAUUCAGCGUGGUAAUAACAGUUUUAAACGAUUCUCCGUUGACAACUUACUUCAAAAUUCGCGUUUUAGAAAUUAUAAGGAUAAUGAACAACAGGCGGAGAAGAGCAGACAAGUUAUUCCAGGAUUAUCACCCAAUAAGAAACUUAGGAGGAACCGCACGACGUUCUCUUCCGACCAGCUUUCGGCUCUGGAGCAAAUAUUCGAAAGAACACACUAUCCUGAUGCAUUUCUAAGGGAGGAAAUUGCGAGCAAGGUUGGAUUAAGUGAAGCACGAGUACAGGUGUGGUUUCAGAAUCGUCGAGCCAAAUUUCGCCGUAAUGAACGUAACAUUUCUGUGAGUUCACAAUCGCUCUGUACAAUAUCGCCUGCCAUAAAUUUUGCAAAAGCUCCAAAAACAGUUAGACCAUCGAAUGUUGACCAAUUUGAAUCAUCAACGUCUUAUAAACAAACAAUACUUUCGAACGCACAACGACUUGGAAGUAUUCCUUACAGCGAAAUUAUGUCAUCGCAUGAAGCAAAUUCAUGUAACUUUCACGCUUCAAAUUAUUCGACGACUGGUAUGCCAAAUUAUCAAUUUCCAACAUUCAAAUAUUAACUCGUCGAUGUCAAAUGCUAUUUGCAGGGGAACGUCCAUAAAUUACGUCACGCAAAAAUGCCCAUUUUCAACCCCCCUCCCCCCUAUGUCACACAUUUUGUAUGAGACCUCUGAAAUUUUUGUAUGGAUCGUCACACUUUGCUGAGACCCUCUUAUCUCCCUCUAUAACCAUGACGUAAUUUAUGGAUGUUCCCUAGUUGUUUAACCUUUGUCAUAUUUACAAUAUUUUUCAACAGAUUUUCAUCAUAUCAUAAAAUAGUAAUUGAUAAACCCAAUUCUGACUUAUUUGCUGUUUUUAUUGAAAGAAAUCCUUAUCACGCACUUAAAGUGCAGUAGCAAGGGGGGUGCGAUGGGUGCGGUCCGCACCGGGCCCCGCGAAUUCAGGGGGCCUCCAAAUCAAGGAAGGUUUCUAACGCUAGUUUGAAUUAAGUUCUUCAAAUAGCGAAAGUUUCCUAUAAGUAUAUGUUCAACACUUAGCAGAACUGCUGAUAGGUAUGUGAGGGCCCCUUCGUGGUUAGCAUGGGGCACAUGGAUGUCCCCAAAAUUACAUGAAAAAUGUGUUAGAGAUUAAAAUUGGAUUUUACGAAAUUAAUUACCGAUUUGGAAGUAAAAUUUAUGAGCAUUGUGAAAACGUCCCUGAUAUCCUGAUAGCAGGACCAAAUAUAGUUGUUGACUCAGCUUAAGAUGGCAGCUAAAUUUAAGGGGCCGCAUUUAUGAAAAUUAUGAUCUAAAGACAUGCUAAGUCAAAACCGUAAUUGCUUUCGUAUAAAAAAAGUGCAAUCAACGUAUUCCAACAAAUUUAUCAAGUAUUUCUUUCAAGUAUUCCUUGAAGGGUUUCUAUGAGAAUUCCUUUGGGCAAGGUAAAUACUUACAUACCUUGCCUUCGGGAAUAUGUAUUGUAUUACGAUUUAUCUAGCAGUUACUUUAAAGACUAUUACAAACAUUCCUCUAAGAUUUACUUCAGAACUUUUUCAUUGGAUUGCUUUAGAAAUUCUUCUAAGCGUUGACUUGAAUUGAUUCCUUCAGGAACAACACCAAGAAUUUCUUCAGGAUUUUUUUUUCCAAAAUGUAUCAAGGAAUCUUUCAAAAAUUUAUUCAAGGAUUAUUUUACCUUACAAAUUCGUUCAAGCAUUCCUUCAAGAAUACCUCCUCGGAUCCCUUCAUAAAGUCCUUCAAGGAUUAUGUCAUGAAGUUCUUCAACGAAUCCUUCAGAUGAACCUUAAGAAAUUUCUCCAAGGAUCCUUUUAGAGACUUCUCAAUGAAAGAAUGUUGCAGGAGUUCCUCAUGGAAAACAUCUUUGAUGAAUUUCUGAGAUCAUGCUUGAUCAGGUAUGGCUCUUGAAUGGAUCCUUGUGAGAUUUUUGCAGGAAUUUCGGAGAAAUUCACACAAUACGCGACGCGACACAAGACAACACUUAUCGUUCUUACAAUCGUCAAGUAAAGAUUUAAAAAAAUACCUUUUGUCGACCGGUUUCGGGCGAGACUUAGCCCAUCUUCAGGACAAUGUCCGACUGAUUGCGUUGUGUUCGUACGUUGUUCGUAUACGUCCAAAAGAAGAGAAGUUACUCUAUCGUCAAGUCUGCUAGGUCGAAGAGACACGAUGCGAUGGGAGGGUCAUCCUCAUUCAUCAAUUGCUUCUUCGACCCUGUGAUGAACAUGGACUCCCAUGCAUUGAAAUGCGAAGAUUUGUUGACACAUUUGAGCAGUUUCGCUUCUUCCCAGUUGAUGUUGUGAUUACUGCUCGCUGUAUGAACUGCCACGCUGGAUUCGUUUUGUUUGUUUGUUUGUGUCAACGGCAUUCUUGUGUUCCCUGAUUCUGGUUCUGAAUUUCCGGCGUGUCUGACCUAUGUAGACAGCUGGACAGUCCUUGCACGGAAUUUCAUAAAUUCUUGACUGCUCAUCCUGGGGAACCUUAUCCUUCAGAUUGCAUAGUAGUUCACGUAACGUGUUGGCGCUUUUGUGCACUACUUGCAAUCCA